AUGGAUUACACAAUUGGCUUUGGGCUGUUUCCAUACGUGAUGUGGGGAUAUAGCUUGAGCCAUGGAACUUGCGAAUUUUGGUUCACAAUUCUGCAUGGUGCUGCAUGUGAUCUCGGAAUUCACGAAUUGGUUGCUGGUUACAUUCGCUGGCUACAUCCCCUGGGCUGCAGGAAUUUUGAGCUGCAGUAUAUGCUCCUUGUGAAGGGCCACCCCUGUCGGGCUGCUGCCGAUGGUAUUUUGCAAUUCUGCAUGGUGCUGCACGUGAUCUUGGAAUUCACGAAUUGGUUGCUGGUUACAUUCGCUGGUUACAUUCCCUGGGUUGCAGGAAUUUUGAGCUGCAGUAUAUGCUCCUUGUGA